GCCAAUACUAAAGUUACUAGCAAUAAAUCCUCUUGUUUUUAUGUAUAUAUAAACAGGAAGUUCGACUCUUUGUCAUUAAAAAAACCAACAAAAUUUCCUGUCGAACCUUCUAAACUAAACAAGUCUCUUCCUUUUCAUCUUCUUGUCAGAAAAUUAUAGCUUUCUCUUGUUAAAGGUUUUAGUUCUUGAUUCUUGAUUUUGAGUCCCUUUUGCCCUGUCUGUACUUGCUUCACUUUCAGUUCAAUUGUGUCUUUCGGUUACCACCACAGCAAAAACCUUUGAUGAGAGACGUGAAGAAGAUAAUAACAGACUAAGAUGUGGAAAAAGUUUGUUUUUUUGGAGUCUUGAAAUUCAGAUAAGUUUCAAAAAUCUGUUGAAUUGACACAACCGAGUUCUGGGCAUUUGUUUGUAUUGAUAAAGUUUAGAUCCUUAAUCUUAUCGAUUUCAAGUACAGUGGGAAAUGAUAAAAAAAGAGAUGGCUUUUACUUUGCAUCAUGGGUUUGAGGUUGCUUGUUUCUGUUUUGAAACUGGUUUUGGAGAUACUUUACUCACAAUCUUUGUCCAAUCUUCUACUGUUGUAAUUAUUACUUUAAUGGAAUUUAUUUGCAUUUUUCUCUGUCAUAUUCAUUAUUCAAUCCUGUGAGUUUUCUUGAUGUGUUGCUACAUACCUACCUUUUUGCUGCUGCUGCUGCCUCUUCAAAGCUAUUUCAAAAUUACUAGAAGUUUUGACCCAUUUGUCAAUCUUCUAAUUGCGGAUCAGUAACUAUUAGGAUAUGGGAUGCCUGGUUUCUACUCCGCAGGAUUUGGGUGGAAAUCGAAGGAGACCUGGGAGUAUAGGGGAUGUGUCUGUUUUUGUACCUGGUUUUCGUAUACCCAAGCCAGUUGAUUUCUCUCUGUCACUUGGUGAUCAUUUGCCGAAGAAUAUAGUGAAAAGCCUAUCUGCUUUAAGAACUCGUAUCGUGGUUAUGGCUGGCCAAGAAGCACCAACAGUCUCAAGAACAAGAAGAAAAAGUGCUACACAACAUGGAGGUUCAACAUUGGCCGAUCUUCAUCAGGCUCUUGAAGAUUACUUGCCUGUUCUGUUGGGAUUAGUUAAAGAUGGAAGCCAGCUACUACACAAUGUACAAUUUGUGUGGAUGAAUCAAGAGGAUGAAGCAGAGGAAACAGCGAUUUCUAAUGCAUGGUAUGAGGUGUUGUCAGUUUUGCACUUGAUGGCGAUGCUAUCAUUAUCACAGGCCAACUUGUUGCUUCUUCCAAGAACAUCUUCUGAUGGUUACCAGCCAAAAGUAUCUGAAGAGAGCAGGCGAGCAUCAAUUGAUAUUUUCUUAAAGGCUGCAGGAUAUCUGGAUUGUGCUGUCCGGACUGUGCUCCCACAAUUACCUAAUCCAUUAAGGAAAGAACUGCCGGUGGACCUUGCUGAAGGUGUUCUUAGAGCACUUUGCCUUCAAGCAUUAGGGCAGAGUGUUGACAUCCAACUAGGAAUGGCAAUCGAUAGUGCCAAAGCUACUCUUGCAGUGAAGCGAAGGCUUGCUUGUGAGAUGGUAAAGUACUGGCAGCAGGCUCAAGAUAAUAUAAUGAAUCUUCCAUUAGCAAAUGGAUGGGGGGAGAAGCACCGACUCUUAAUAGAGUGGAAAUAUGUGGAAGCAAAGGCUGCAGCAUACUAUUAUCAUGGCUUAAUCCUUGAUGAGGGGAACACAGAGAAGUCUCAUGUGAUGGCUGUAGCUGCCUUGCAAGCUGCAGAUGAGUAUUUUAAAGAAAGUAAGAGGGCAUGUGAGGCAUUCAAUGCGGCUUCUCCAUUGUCAAGAAACCCGCCACUUUGGGGAACCAUGAAGUACCUCUCUGACAAAAUUCCAAAAGAUGCUUCUAGCAAAGUGCGCAAACCCCCGCCACUUUGGGGAACCAUGAAGUACCUCUCUGACAAAAUUCCAAAAGAUGCUUCUAGCAAAGUGCGGAUAAACCGUGAUCUAUACUCCUAUGAAAAAAUCAUGGAGACAGCACCAACGUUGCCUGAUUUUGCUCUGGCGCUGAAACCUGAUGACUUUCAGCUCCCUCCAGUUGACUCUUCCUGGAACGAGGAGAAUGUAGUUGCUGGACAAGCCAGCUCCAACCAUCUAAGGAGCGAGUGAAGAUAAACCAUACUACAUUUCCAGAGAAGAUAGGCACAUGUGGCCUCAAAAUUGUUAGAGACAAGGGCGAGUCAACAAGUGAACCAUUCUUCCAUUGGGUGCCAAAUCUACUUUCAGCACACCCUGCUUCCCGCCUUCUUUACCCCCCACCCUUUUAUCUUCUCUCAUUGUCAAAGAUCUGUGAGUUAUCAUGCAGUAGAGCUCUGUACAAGUUCCUGUUGUGCGAAAAUUGGAUAUUGCCUGAAAAGGGUUGAUUUUCUUUUCCAACACCAGAAUAACCGUAUGCCGUUCAUCUCAUUGAACUUGAAGCUAGCAAAAUUUGUCUAGUUUGAUAGAAAGCCGGCGUGUAAAUUUGAUUGCAGCUGGUGUAUCUGUGUGCACAGAAUGAAUGGCGUGGGAAAGAAAUAAGGACAAUCAUUUUUUCGCAAGCAUUUUUCUGCUACUUUCU